AUGUCCGCCGCUUCCUGGCUGAUCGCUUUUCUUUUUUUCGGCGUCAACGGUUCGUUUAACUUUUUAAAGCUUUACUAGUCUUUUGUUCUCAUAAAGUUUUUAUUUUUCAGCGCAAUUUAAAAUCCCUCUACCAUUUGGCAACAUCGGUCUGCUGAAAAACGACAAAGGCGAGGUUUUUGCCAGGUUAAGCAAAUUUUUGAUAAGUGAUCCUUUUUGAAGGUCGAAAUAACGGGCAAUAAGAACUUCAACCUUUUUGGCUGGGGCACUCAGGGAGACUUCAAAGUGACCACGGGCAAUGGAACUUUCAACAUCGAAGGUUUUUCGACUGUUCCUUUUGUGAUGAAGGAGGAUGUGUCGAGGAUCUGACGCCGCGCUGGUGAACGGGUCACAGUACGGCGGAGCCUCGCGGCUGGGCGUCGACGAGAAAAAAGGCAUCGACAUCGGUCAGAACGUCACCCUCGACGACAAGACCGCUGCUGUGAGUCAAAAAAAAAAUCAGCAGACUUUUUAUUUUUAAAAGUAUUCUUUGUAAACGACUGAUGGAAGUCUUUCUAUUUUAUUCAAAAAAGGCUGAAACAGAAAGUGCGGGGAUCCAAAAAAUAUUGAAAUUUAUGAACCUCUAAAGUUUCUCCUGUUUUUUUAUUUAACGUGUUUAUUAUGGGGACUUGCGACUUUUCCCUUUGAUAAAAUAUAAAAUCAUGAUAUUUUUUUUGAUUUUUCUGGGUUUUUUUUUUGCGAUUCUUUCGUUCCGAUCACCUUCAACAUUUUUGGAAAAUCAUUUUAGGGUGGGUCUGGCAAAGAGAGCAACUUCUUGCAAGAUCUCCUCGGCAUCUUCAGAAAUUUUGGCAAACCGCCAAGCUGA